AUGGACUGCGUUGCGUCUGAGGAGGGACGUGCUGGAGUUUGGUUUAGCCGGCUCGGUUCCGCCACCCGUUCCUCCUGCGGUGAGUCCGAGCAGACUGCCACCCUCCCUUUGAAGACUGCUCCAGGAAAGCAGGAGGUGGUUGGGGAGGAGGUGGGUUGCGAGGAGCUGCCGCUCUGUGAGAAGGUGAAGAGAGUUUUCGCUGCCUCGUGGGCCAGGAACUCAAAAAGAGUGAUCUUCCUGCUGGGUUCGAACGGGCGUCUCAGUAAAGAGCUGGACCUGGUCAGUCACCAUGUAAGGACCCGACUGGAUGAGCUGAAGCGGCAAGAAGUUUCUAGGCUCAGGAUGCUGCUGAAAGCCAAACUGGACAGCACAAACACGCAGAGCCUUCAGAUGGACCACGCCUCUCUGCUGAAGCAGUUUGAACAUCUGGAUCCACACAACCAAAACACCUUUGAGGCUAAAGACCUCGAGCUGCUGAUUUCAACGGCCACCAAGGAUCUGGAAAAUUAUGACGCUGAGCGACAUGAGGAGUUCAAGCGCUACGAGAUGCUGAAGGAGCACGAGAGGCGGGAGUACCUCAAGGGUCUGGACCAGGAGAAGAGGGAGAGGGAGGAGAAAAGGCUGCUGGAGAUGAAAGAGAAACACCGCCAGCACCCAAAAGUCAACGCCCCGGGAAGUGUUGCUCAGCUGAGGGAAGUUUGGGAGGAGACGGAUGGAUUAGAUCCUCAGGAGUUCAACCCUAAAACUUUCUUCAAGCUGCACGAUACAAAUGAAGAUGGAGUUUUAGACGAGCAGGAGUUAGAAGCACUCUUCACUAAGGAGCUGGAGAAGGUCUACGACCCAAAGAACGAGGAGGACGACAUGAUGGAGAUGGAGGAAGAACGUCUGAGGAUGAGGGAGCACGUCAUGAACAACGUGGACACAAAUAAAGACCGGCUCGUCAGCCUGGAGGAGUUCCUCAAAUCCACAGAGAGGAAGGAGUUCAGUAAUCCCAAAGACUGGGAGGUAAAGGGCCUGAAUGGAGCCACUGUUUUUACCAAGCUUGACCUAAGAAACGCCUACCACCUGGUCCGCAUCAGGGAGGGGAUGAGUGGGAAAACUGCGUUCAACACUCCUAAUGACCACUACAAUUCCCCUCCUCCCGCCCGACUGAUUGAGGGGGCUCCUGCCUACACCGUCAGGAGACUCCUUUGCUUUAGGCAGUGGGGGCGGGAUCUCCAGUAUCUGGUGGACUGGGAGGGAUAUGGCCAGGAGGAGCAUUCCUGGGUACUUGCUUGCCACAUCCUGGACAAGGAUCUUAUCAAACAAUUCCACACUUCUCAUCCCAUUCGGCCUGGUGGUCUGUCAGGAGCUGGACCUUGA